AAAUCAUUGAGAAGUAUGGUUUGAGUGAGUACUUCCCAAAUGAGAAACUAACUCAAGGCAAAAAACCUACCAGAGAUCCUGCUUACCAAUUAAAAGAUGAAAAACUGAAGGAAUUACUGAAAAGAGCAAGAAAAGAAGGCUUUACAGAUACUGAGAUGCAGCUUUUGAAGGAAGAGUUAGGACAUCAUCAGCUUAAACUAGAUGAAUAUUUCUCCUUAAAACAGGAGUAUGAAGCUUUAGAAGAAAAGGUUGACAACUCUUUGGACAAUCUGGAUGAGCAAGAGAAAGUAUGGAGUGAGUUAGCUAAGAAAAAACAAGAAAUGAAAGAUAAACAUAAAGAUUAUAGAGAAGGUUUGGAGAGAUUAAAGGGAAAAGUUACAGAUAAAGAUAACUCUGCAGCAGUAUUUGAAGAUCCAAGAGUGUACAAGUUGUGGGCCUUGGCACAGAAAACUGGGAUGAGUAAAGAAGAACUAGAUUCUGUUAGGAAAGAGCUGACACAUUUUGAGAAUCGUAUAAGAAAGGCGGAGUAUAUACAGAAUGAGCUGGAGAAAGCUGAGGAGAAACGUAAAUCUGGAGGUCAGCUGGAUACACGUCAACAUGAGGAAUUAAAACAAAAAGCUGAACAAUUUAAUAAAAAAGUUGAUAAAUACCAUAAAGAUUUGGAAAGUAAAAUAUUUAAACAUCUUGAUGAAUUAUAACAGACAUUAUUGCCAGAACUAUGAUAAUCAGAGUGCUUCCAGCAAGAAUAUAGAACCAUAGUGUAAGAAAUUUAACUUUGGUUGACUAACAGAAGUAUAUUGAAUCUAAUUGAUUAACUGUGAGAUUGACAACAUAUGUAAGCAGUUCACCAUUGAAUGUAAACAAAGAAGCUUGAAGAAUAAGACUGCUAUAAACUGAUAUUUUGGGGAUUGUUUACCAGUGCCAGCGGAAAAAUUAACCAUAUGGGUGCACAUUCACUGAUACAGCGGUAGUGUUUACUUAAGAAGAAUGUAGUUUGAUGUAUAACAGUAUAACAAUAGUUCAGUAAAACUGAUGCUAGGGACACGAAGCAUCUUGAAGCAGACAGUCCAUUCACAUCAUUGAGUUUAUUGUUGUCAUGUCCUGUCAUUGAUUGAUGGGAAGUGGACUGAAGUUAUCUUUAGUAAAACUGAUGGUAAAACUGAGAUACUUCAUGAUGCACCGACAGAAACUGCCAGAAAGGUACUAUAGCUCAACAUAAAGUGUCUGAUCUGAAUUCUUACAUGUGAAGAAGUUAUCCACCUAGUUACAGAACAUUGGUGUUUCUUCAUGCAUGAAGCAUUGCACGGAAGGGUACCUGAGGUCUUCCGUCACCAGUGAAGCUUGAACUUAGUCAUAUGACCUAUACUUUGUUGGUGUGAUGUAAAACCCAAAACAAACAAAAUCUGUGAUGGAAAACAGUAGGAUAUAUAGGAAACAUUGUAAAAUGUAAUUAAAUACUACACAGAGGAUUCACUGUUACAGCUCUGCUGUUGCUGGCAUAUUGAAUCCAAUGGGAAUGUUUUAUUUUGAUAUUAUUUUUUUUAUUGGAAAAGGACUUAGAAAAAUAAUUACAGAAACAGUUAUUUUUGUUAAGAAAAGUUCAGUUGGUAACAUAUAUAUAACUUGGUUUAUUGUUUUAAAUACAAUUAUGGUCUUUGAAAAUCGAGUAUCUUUAGUUUACAGAAGAAUCUCACUUUAUUAUAUCUACAUUGUAAUCUGAAAUGUAACAUAAGGUAAAAAUAGUAUUUUGUAUUGUUUGUGUUAUUUGAAUCAGUUGAACGUACAAUACAUAUGUCUAUAUAACUAAAUGUUUUUAUUUUGAUUUUUUGUGUCUUUUUCACUUAUUUAUAGAUAACAGUUUCCAUGGAGCAUAAAGUUACCUGUAAGUCUUCCCUUCCAAAAAGCACCUUCUUUUAUUGAUUUAUAUCUGGAGUAUUGUUGGUAUGUUGGUACCAUCAAUGGCCCUCUGUGUAGGGUUAGGUUUCUGGUUGAUUGGGUCAAGGCUAUUGAGACUAAAAUAAGAUAUCUCUACUUCCCCUCAUAGGGAGGCCAUGUUUUAAAGAUAGUGUUCAGGAAGUAUUUAAUGUGUUACAGAUAAAUUUGUUAUGUAUUGUAUUAUUUUAAUAUUGUAAUCUGCUCUUAUAUUUCAUCUAAAUUCAU